AUGGGCGCCCUGACCAGCCGGCAGCACGCGGGCGUGGAGGAGGCGGACGCGCCGGCCCACUCCGUGUACCGCUACCCGCCCAAGUCCGGAAGCUACUUCGCUAGCCACUUCAUCAUGGGAGGAGAGAAGUUCGACUCGGCCCACCCCGAAGGCUACCUGUUUGGAGAGAACAGCGACCUGAACUUCCUGGGGAACAGGCCCGUGGCGUUCCCCUACGCCGCCCCGCCCCCCCAGGAGCCGGUGAAGACUCUGCGGAGCCUGGUCAACAUCCGCAAGGACACCCUGCGGCUCGUCAAGUGCGCGGAGGAGGUGAAGGCGCCGGGGGCCGAGGGCGGCAGAGCUAAGGUCCACUACAACGUGGAGUUCACCUUCGACACCGACGCCCGCGUGGCCAUCACCAUCUACUACCAGGCCACCGAGGAGUUCCAGAACGGCAUCGCCAGCUACAUCCCCAGAGACGGCAGCCUGCAGUCGGAGACGGUGCACUACAAGCGGGGCGUGUGCCAGCAGUUCUGCCUGCCCUCCCACACCGUGGACCCCUCCGAGUGGGCCGACGAGGAGCUUGGCUUCGAUCUGGACCGGGAGGUCUACCCGCUGGUGGUCCACGCCGUGGUGGACGAAGGAGAUGAGUAUUUCGGCCACUGCCACGUGCUGCUGGGCACCUUUGAGAAGCACUCGGACGGGACCUUCUGCGUCAAGCCCCUCAAGCAGAAGCAAGUGGUGGACGGGGUCAGCUACCUCCUCCAGGAGAUCUACGGCAUCGAGAACAAGUACAACACGCAGGAUGCCAAGGUGGCCGAGGACGAGGUGAGCGACAACAGCGCCGAGUGCGUGGUGUGCCUCUCGGACGUGCGGGACACCCUCAUCCUGCCCUGCCGCCACCUCUGCCUGUGCAACACCUGCGCCGACACGCUGCGCUACCAGGCCAACAACUGCCCCAUCUGCCGCCUGCCCUUCCGGGCGCUGCUGCAGAUCCGCGCCAUGAGGAAGAAGCUGGGCCCCCUGUCCCCCACCAGCUUCAACCCCAUCAUCUCGGCCCAGACGUCCGACUCGGAGGAGCACUCGUCCUCCGAGAACAUCCCGCCGGGCUACGAGGUGGUGUCGCUGCUGGAGGCCCUCAACGGGCCGCUCACCCCGUCCCCCGCGGUCCCGCCGCUCCACGUGCUGGGCGACGGCCACCUCUCAGGGAUGCUGCCCGCCUACGGCAGCGACGGCCCCCCGCCCCCCGUCCGGGCGCUCUCCCCGCUCGACCGCCUGCCCGACGGCGGCGGCCAAGGACUCAAGCUCAAGAGGAGUCUCUCCAAGUCCGUCUCCCGGAGCUCCUCCGUGCUGCGCGAGGAGGAGGACGAGCAUUCCUGCAGCGACUCGGAGACGCGCCUCUCCCUGCGGCCGGCCGCCCCGCAGCCCGGGGAGGAAUGUGGCGUCACUCCGGACAGCGAGAACCUCACCCUGUCGUCGUCAGGAGCCAUCGACCAGUCGUCGUGCACAGGGACGCCCCUCUCGUCCACCAUCUCCUCCCCGGAAGACCCUGCCAGCAGCAGCCUGGCCCCGUCGGUCAUGUCCAUGGUGUCCUCCCAGAGCCAGCACUCCCAGCUCAGCAUCGACACCGUCUCCUCCAUGUCCGGCUCCUACGUCGCCCCCGGCACGGGCACGGGCACCGAGGACGAGGGGGAGGCGCUCCCCUCCCCGCGGGCCGCCAGCCGGGCCGCUUCCGAGGAAGGCGAGGGAAACGAGGUCAUGGAGGAAGACGACGCGUCCCCCACACAGGAAGACGGCCAGAGGACGUGCGCGUUUCUAGGCAUGGAGUGUGACAAUAACAAUGACUUUGACAACGCGAGCGUGAAAGCACUGGACAAUACGCUGUGCUCUGAGGUCUGCUUACCCGGCACCUGGCAGCCCGAGGACAACGCGCUCAGCCGGCGGCACCCUCGGCGGCGGCGCCGGUCGUCCAGCAGCCUGGAGGAUGCCGAGAGCGGGCGCUGCGUGUGGGGGCCGCUGGCCGUCUGA